UCAGUUCUGUAUUGAAAGCGGAGUGAAUAAACUCGUCUAAGUAAAUCGAAACAAAAGAUUCUUUUUUGAAAUUCAUAAAGUUGAGAAUUUUGUAUAAAUUUGUUGAGUUCGAAAGUAAAAAAAAUAAAAAAUCGAGAAACAUGGUGAAGAUGAAUAUCACUUCAGCAGCCGGCAUCAUUGCCCUUUUGGAUGAGCCAAUGCCCGAAUUGAAGAUUUUCGCAUUGCGUAAACUUGAUAACAUCGUCAAUGAAUUUUGGCCGGAAAUCUCCGAAUCCAUUGAGAAAAUUGAAAUGUUGCAUGAGGAUAAGGGAUUUGCUCAUAGCAAUUUGGCAGGUUUGGUUGCAUCGAAAGUCUUUUAUCACUUGGGAUCAUUUGAGGAUGCAUUGACCUAUGCCCUUGGAGCUGGUGAUUUAUUCGAUGUGAAUGCUCGUUCCGAAUACGUUGAAACAAUCAUCGCAAAAUGUAUUGAUUUUUAUAUUCAACAACGUGUGGCACUCAUUGAUUCGCAAGACGCAAAGCCAAUCGAUCAACGUCUUGAAGCCAUUGUGAAUCGCAUGAUUCAACGUUGUUUAGACGAUGGACAAUACCGUCAAGCUCUUGGUAUUGCAUUGGAAACCCGUCGUAUGGAUAUUUUUGAGGCGGCCAUUUCUCGGUCCGAUGACAUCAACGCAAUGUUGGCCUACGCAUUCCAAGUAACAAUGAGUCUCAUCCAAAACCGUUCAUUCCGUAAUACCGUCUUGCGGUGCUUGGUCAAAUUGUAUCGUGGAUUGGCCGUGCCAGAUUAUGUGAACAUGGUGCAAUGCUUGAUUUUCUUGGAAGAUCCAUUGGCAGUCGCCGAAAUUCUUGAUAAACUCACCACCAGCAACGAUUUAGAUGUUUUGAUGGGCUAUCAAAUUGCAUUUGAUUUGUAUGAAUCGGCUACACAACAAUUUUUGGGACAAGUUUUGCAAGCAUUACGUUCAACCGCACCGAUUCCAUCAAAACUUUUAUCGACCUAUAAACCACAAGGUACAGAACCGGUUGAAGAGAAAAAAGAAUCAACAGAGGAGGAGGAGAAAAAAGAAGGUGAAACCACCGAAACAAAAGUAGAAGAGCCGGUUGCUGAACCCGAACGAGAUUUGGAGAGUUUGAGUGCAUCCGAAAAAACGCACCAAGAAAACAUCGAGAAACUUAUUCAAAUUUUGGCCGGAGAGAUUUCAAUCGAUUUACAGUUGCAGUUUUUGAUUCGCAGCAAUCAUGCCGAUUUGCAAAUUCUUCGUGCAACAAAAGAAGCCGUUCGAGUUUCAAUCUGUCAUACAGCAACUGUUAUUGCUAACGCAUUCAUGCACAGUGGCACAACAAGCGAUCAAUUUUUACGCGAUAAUUUGGAGUGGCUGGCUCGUGCUACAAAUUGGGCUAAACUGACUGCUACUGCAUCGUUGGGUGUCAUUCAUCGUGGACAUGAGAAUGAAUCGCUGGCACUUAUGCAGAGCUAUUUGCCAAAAGAGAGCGGACCAAGCAGUGGAUACAGUGAAGGUGGCGGUUUGUAUGCCCUUGGAUUGAUCCAUGCCAAUCAUGGUGCCAACAUUAUCGAGUAUUUGAUGGCUCAGUUAAAAGAAGCUCAAAAUGAGAAUGUUCGUCAUGGCGGUUGUCUUGGUUUGGGUCUUGCCGCCAUGGGCACUCAUCGUUCCGAUAUUUACGAACAAUUGAAAUUCAAUUUGUACCAAGAUGAUGCCGUUACUGGAGAAGCAGCCGGAAUUGCAAUGGGUUCGGUUAUGUUGGGUUCAAAGGCUGAAACCGCCAUCAGCGACAUGGUUUCGUAUGCACAAGAGACACAACACGAAAAAAUUUUACGCGGUUUGGCUGUCGGCAUUGCAUUCACUAUGUAUGCUCGUUUGGAAGAAGCCGAUGCGCUCGUGACGUCUUUAACCACCGAUAAGGACCCAGUUUUACGACGAUCUGGAAUGUAUACAUUGGCCAUGGCAUAUUGCGGAACUGGCAGCAACAAAGCCAUUCGAAAGCUUUUGCAUAUUGCUGUUUCGGAUGUAAACGAUGACGUGCGACGUGCUGCUGUGACAUCGAUCGGUUUCAUCUUAUUUAGAACACCGGAACAAUGUCCAUCUGUGGUAUCUUUGCUGGCUGAAUCUUACAAUCCGCACGUUCGUUAUGGUGCAGCCAUGGCAUUGGGAAUUGCUUGUGCUGGUACUGGAUUGCGUGAGGCAAUCGCAUUACUCGAGCCAAUGGUUAAAUUCGAUCCGGUUAACUUUGUUCGUCAAGGAGCAUUGAUUGCGUCGGCAAUGAUAUUGAUUCAACACACUGAUCAAACCAGCCCAAAAACGUCCUUCUUCCGUUCACUUUAUCACGAAGUAAUUACCAACAAACACGAAGACGUAAUGGCCAAAUUUGGUGCAAUUCUAGCACAAGGUAUUAUCGAUGCUGGCGGUCGUAAUGUAACCGUUAGCUUACAGUCACGAACUGGCCACACCAAUUUGCAAGCGGUUGUUGGAAUGUUAAUUUUCACACAAUACUGGUAUUGGUUCCCAUUGGCCCAUUGUUUGUCGCUUGCAUUCACACCAACUUGUGUGAUUGCCUUGAAUUCGGACCUUAAAAUGCCGAAAAUCGAAUUUAAAUCGGCAGCAAAACCAUCGUUGUACGCCUAUCCAGCACCGAUGGAAGAGAAAAAGGCCGAAGAACGUGAAAAGGUUGCAACGGCCGUUUUGUCGAUUGCAGCACGUCAAAAGCGCCGCGAAACCAUUGACAAGCGUGAAGAAGAAAAAAUGGACAUUGACGAAGAUGUUAAAGAGGUGAUUAAGGAAUCGAAAGCUGGCGACGGUUCAUCUAAAGAUGGUGAAAAAGCUGCGGCCAAUGACAAAGACGAAAAGAAAAAGAGCGUUAAGGCCAAGGAGGAAUCGGUUGCAUCACCGGCCAGCACCUCGACUGCUGAUGACACGAAAGAUAAGGAACCAGCACCAAAGACUGAACGCAAAGAACCGGAACCAAACUUUGAGAUUUUACAGAAUCCGGCUCGUGUAAUGCGUCAACAGUUGAAGGUGGUCAGCAUUGUUGACGGUCAAUCGUAUGUUCCAUUGAAGGAUGUGUCGAUUGGUGGCAUCAUUGUUACACAACGCAGCGCUAAACAAAAUGAUACCGAAGAGCUGGUCGAACCAAUUGCCGCCUGCGGCCCAAAGGGCGAUGAAGCUAAAGAGCCAGAGGCUCCAGAACCAUUCGAAUACAUUGAAGAUUAAAUGAAACUCGGAAAAUCAAUAGACAACAGUGUUUCUCUUAACUUUAAUCUACAUAUGCACAACAUAUUUUAAUGUGCUAUUCUUAAUUCUUAUCAAUUGUAUUACAACUUAAUGAAGAACACAAAUGAUACAUUGUAAUAGUAUGCAUAGCACGAAUACAUUGAAUAUUCCAAAAUAAAUUGAUGUUUGCAAAUUCAAAAUAAAUAAA